GUUGAAGUGUUGUAUUUUGCAAAAAGUGCUGAAAUAACAGGAGUUCGUUCAGAGACCAUUUCUGUGCCACAACAAAUAAAAGCAUUGCAGCUGUGGAAGGAGAUAGAAAGUCGACAUCCUGGAUUGGCUGAUGUCAGAAAUCAGGUGAUAUUUGCUGUUCGUCAAGAGUAUGUCGAGCUUGGAGAUCAACUCCUCCUGCUUCAGUCAGGAGACGAAAUUGCCAUUAUCCCCCCCAUUAGUGGAGGGUAGUGCUUUUGAGCCACUUGGGCAAGAUAUGAAUGCAGUUGAAGAGAAGGCUAAAGAUAUAAUAAAAUUCACUGCUGAGAAGCUUUCAAUUGAUGAAGUUUCACAGUUAGUGACUUCUCCACUCUGUGGUGCCAUAUCCCUGUUUGUAGGGACUACGAGAAAUAACUUUGAAGAGAAAAAAGUCAUUAGCUUGGAAUAUGAAGCAUAUCUACCAAUGGCAGAAAAUGAAGUCAGGAAAAUUUGUAGUGAUAUUCGGCAGAAAUGGCCAGUCAAGCACAUAGCAGUAUUCCAUAGACUUGGCUUGGUCCCGGUGUCAGAAGCCAGCAUAAUCAUUGCUGUGUCCUCAGCCCAUAGGGCUGCAUCCCUGGAAGCUGUGAGCUAUGCCAUUGAUACUUUAAAAGCCAAGGUGCCUAUAUGGAAAAAGGAAAUAUAUGAAGAGUCAUCAUCAUCAUGGAAAAGAAACAAAGAAUGCUUUUGGGCGACCAAUGAUUAAAUCGCUUAUAUUUUCAGAGCACUAAAUUUUAAAUUUGGUAGACUUUUAUCUAUGAUCACAUUUUGAAUUUCCUUCUCAACAGUUUCGUUUACUGAAGCACAGUAUCUUAUUUGUCAGUAAUGGGACAAAAGGGAGGAAAAAAAAAAAA